AUGAGAUCCGACUGUGUUUCGGUUGCUACCAAUGGAGAACAGUCCAAAUCACCGAAACAUCUCUCAUUGGGCCAGUUUUACAUAGGAAGUGGUGAUGUACGAUUGGCCAAAUGCCAUUCUCCUCCCAUGACCACCAAACUGGAUAAAAACCAUGCUCAAAUAUGUAGCAACCCGGAAGGAAUAGAAUCUGAUGGUAUCCAGUUAUCGUCACAUAUUACAUCACCAUCCAGCCAACCGCCACGCCCGAAAUCCACUCAGGAGAUCAAGGUGUUGGACAAUGUCGGUUUGACUAAACCGCAACUCGAGACUCCUGGCUCUGUGGCCUUAAGCUUGGCAGAAGGUCCGGGUUUAGUGAUGCCUGCAACCUCUUUGCCUCCUGUACCUCCGGGUACGGAUCGACAAGUCGCAUUUCAACCCGCCUCACGUGUUUACGAAUUAGUUGAGGAGCCCUGGCGUGAUUCGGCACCCAAUGGUGGUUGGGGAUGGUUGGUCGUAUUUGGCAGCUUCCUGUGCAUGUUUGUGGUAGACGGAGUCUGUUUUUCCUACGGGAUGUAUAUGCACGAGCUGAUUGUGGAAGGCAAAUUCCCUGGCGAGCAACCCGGUGCACAACCGAGCCGACCAUCGUUAUCCGCUCUCACUUUGCCGGGUGCAAUGUUAUGCGGGACGUACUUGCUGAUUGGUAUCGGAUUCGGUCUUAUCUAUCUUCCUGCCAUCACUGUUGUCGGGCAUUGGUUUGAGCAUCGCCGUGCAUUUGUGGUCGGUGUGGCCAUGUGCGGUGGCAGUCUGGGAUCGGGUGUUGUGGCUGCUGUUAUCCGUCCGUUGGCGCGUCAUGUCGCCUGGCGUGGCACACUCCUACUCACCGCGGCUCUGUUUUUUCAAACUCUGAUUGGUAUUGCUCUGUUUCGUCCACUCUACGUGCACGAACUGAUUCAAAUCGCCCAGCGACACAAACACCGUCGCCGUGAGGCGCGUCGUCAAAUCGAUAUGUUGAAAAAACGGGGCAAAAAGAGAACCAGUACUUUUGUCAAACAUUCCGCUGAAAGAAAAACAUAUUUUCAACGUGGUUCGAUCAUGGCUCGCAUUAUUGAGGAAAAAUCGCGUCAACGGACAACAUCCACUGGCAGCCUAGACGGGAUGGUGAUUACUCGAGAAAACGAAUUAGCUGCCCUAUCUGAUCCGGACGCGUACGAGGUUGUGAUGGCCGCGGCCACCGCGUACGUGAGUCAACAACAGCAGCAGCUACAACAACAACAACAGCUCGCUGCCACAACCACAACAGUUGGUCAAAUGCCAGUCGAGGUCGCCACUUCGAGCACAACCACCACAGCGACGAUGGCCACGAUCUCAGCGACGUCAACGGCGACGACAUCAACCACAACUAAUACGGUAUCCAAUCCGGCUUACGAACGAACUGCUCUGGUCGGUACACUGCCAAAUCGUUGCGGACCGGGUAAUCUUCAGACGGUGAAGGAAGGUGUUGCUUUUCCAUCGCAACAUCAUGGAACUGUGGCUCCGGUUGCCGUCCUACCCCCACCGGUCCACUUCAGCCGCAUAGCUGUUCGUCGUAUCGCCUGUGCGAUUCUGCGUAAACUGCAUUCGGCCAAUCUAUUGCCUAGCAAUUUGUCUCUGGUUUCCGCCACAGCUAGUCGUAAUCGUCUUGGUCCGUUCUACAAUCCCGUGACCGGGGGCACAAUCCGGACGGACUCGUGGACCACAUUUGACACCGGUGCUCCGCCCGUGAUCAAACAAACCAUGAGCGAGCACACGAGCGGGGUGUAUGAUGCACUCGAUCCCGACGGGAUCUCGUUUCGUGAACGCGGUGGGGAACGUAAAACCAGUCUGGUAACCAAUGUCGGCUCGAAAAAGUACUCGUUGCACAGUGAUGCUUUACCCCAGUCUGAUCUAAUGGGAUUGGAAGUGCCAAAACCCGUGGUUUCCGAUAGACCAAUACCUCGUAAUGCCACCGGGUUCAGAUAUUCUACUCAAAAUGAACCUUCCCGUUCCCCAUCGCAACCGGCCUCCAUGAUCAGUUUGGAUUCGCGCACAGACCGGCUGAUCUCUCGGGAAUUGCACUCCCUCCCGUUAGACAUUCCGACCAAAGAGUCCGUGUUGGCCGCGAUUCGAAUGGAACUGUCUCGGCCGAAAUACCGAGCUGAUUUUUUCCACUCAGUUGGGCGCAAAACAUCCGCUACCGAUGCCGAGCUGGAGUUACGCGCUAGUUUGAUUGAGAAAUUUCUGAAUCAAAGCUAUUGGUCUCGGAUUAAGGACUUGUUGGGCCUUUGGUAA